AGCUUUUCCACAGAACUUAGCCAGGGACAAAGAGACGCUGAGUAGCUCCACUUGGGAACAACAAAGCCAUGAAGGCAACAGGAGUCACACAACUGUUCUCUACAGGAAACCCCCGUCUCCGGUGAGAAAUAAGAAACACAACAGCCACAGGAUGCGCCUUGGGUCAAGGGGACGUGAAACACCAGUAGCCCUUUGUGUUCAGAGUGGAUGAGUCUGUGCCUUUUAGAUCCCAUCUCUACAGCUGGGGGCCAAGAUAGGAGCUCCAGGAGUCUGAGCAGAGGCAGCAGCCACUGGUCUGGCCCUCAUUUCUUGCUGAGAGAACGCUGGGAGCCACCAUGGGGACAGCCUUGCUCCCACUGAUCCUGCUGCUACUCAACCAGAUGCUCUUCAGCACGAGGAGCUGGGCGGAGGCCAGCAAUGAGGAGGAGGAGGAGGCCGCGGCUGUGUGUGCUGGGACUGCCUGCUACACGGCCCACUGGGACAAGCUCAGUGCCUCCGAGGCCCAGCUCAGCUGCAGUACCAAUGGGGGAAACCUGGCCACCGUAAAGAAUGAAGAAGAGGCCCAGCACAUCCAAGAAGCCCUGGCCCAGCUGCCUGACAGGGAGGCCCCAGGCCGGACGGUCAAAUUCUGGAUUGGGCUUCAGAGGGAAAAGGGCAAGUGUAUGAACCCUGAUGAAGCGCUGAAGGGCUUCAGCUGGGUGGGAGGUGCUGAGAAUACAUCUUACUCCAACUGGCAGAAGGAGCCCAUGAGCACGUGCAUCUCCAAGCGCUGCGCUUCGCUCUCCGUGGAUCUUUCUGCAUCCUCUCUUGCCGCGGCCCACUCGGUCCCCAAGUGGACAGAAAGCCCGUGCGGCACAACAGAUUCGCCAGGCAGGAACAUUGAGGGCUACGUGUGCAAGUUCAGUUUCAAAGGUAUGUGCCACCCUGUGGCUCUCGGGGGUCCAGGUGAGGUGACCUACACAACACCCUUUGGGGCUACUAGCACCUCCUUGGCUGCUGUGCCUUUCGCCUCAGCAGCCAGUGUGAACUGUGGGUAUGGAGAUGAAAGAAAAAGUCACUACCUUGUGUGCAAGGAAAGAAACCCCAACCAGUUUGACUGGGGCACCUCCGGCCCUAUCUGUGCAUCCCCAAAUCAUGGCUGUGCCUUCAAUAAUGGCGGCUGCCAGCAGGAGUGCUUAGAGGGAGGGGACGGUUCAUUCCUCUGUGGCUGCCGUCCGGGAUAUCGCCUCCUCGAUGACUUGGUGUCCUGUGUCCCCCGAGACCCUUGCCAUCCUAACCCAUGCAGGGGAAAGGCAAAGUGCAGCCCUGGAGGGCACGGAAAACACUAUGAGUGCCUGUGUCCUGCAGGUUUCAAGCCCACUCCAAAUAGACUAGAUUGCGAUGAUGUGGACGAGUGUGAUAGGAUACCGUGUGCCCAGGAUUGUGUCAACACUCCUGGGAGCUUCCAUUGCACCUGCCGCCCAGGUUAUGAGCCCCAAGGCCACAAUGGAAUGGAAUGCUGGGACGUGGAUGAAUGUGCCGAGGGCCGCUCACCCUGUGCCCAGCUUUGUAACAACACGGAAGGCUCCUUUCAAUGUACCUGCCACAAGGGCUAUGUGGCUACUGGGGAGGAUGGGACCCAGUGCCAGGACGUGAAUGAGUGUGAUGAUGAGGGCAACCCAUGUGAAAGCCUCUGCUUCAAUAUACAAGGUUCCUUCCGCUGUGGCUGCCUGCCAGGAUGGAAUUUAGCGCCAAAUGGUGUCUCCUGCAUUGCCAACCACACCAUGUCAGUUCUUCCAAGUGAUGAUCAAGAGAAGGAUGAGAAGGAAAGAAAGAUAAUCAGUGACGUAGAGAAAAAGAAAGGGGAAAAGGAGAAAGAAAAAGAGAACAGUGACUCUUCUUCCCCAGUUUUGGACACAAUCAAGAGACUUGAGGUCACCCCAGGAGUUAGCAUUCCCUACAAUGAAGCAUCUACAGUGGGGAGACUUUCCCAACAGAGUAAUCCUCCUAUCACUCAAAGCCUUCCCAGGCCUCCUACAUUCAGUAGGAAACCAAAACUUCAGCUGAUCUCCAGCACUGUCUACCCCACAGAGAUCACCACUGAUGGAGGAUUGCACAAAGGCAAAUCCUUGGCAAAUGGGAGCGAUGGUGACACUGAUGGACAGAAAUUCCUCCUAUUUUAUAUCUUGGGAGCAGUAGCAGCUGUCUUGCUUCUUCUGGCUAUGGCCCUGGGGUUAGUGUUCUAUCGCAAGAAGAAAACAAAAAAGGCAAUGAAGAAGAAGUCCCCUAAGAAUGCAGCUGACAGCUAUUCCUGGGUCCCUGAGCAGGUUGAGAACAGGGCAAUAGAAAAUGAGUACAGGUAAAGCCUGGCAACCUAAAGGGAGGAGAAAGCAAGGGUUUCAGCCAGGGGGGAGGUGGGAGGGAAAUGUUCUUGUUAGGAAGCUGUGAACCCCAGCAGAGAUCAAACUGAAGGCAGGAGACCAGCCAACACCAUCAAUGAACAAACUGUCAAAACAGUGCUUUAAAUUAAAUUGCUAGAGACAUAUGGGCAUUAUGGGUAUUUUGAUAUGUGUGUAUACUUGUAAAGAAUAUAUGAAUGUACAUACAUAGCUCUUUGAAUAUGUCCACACAAAUCAGAAUGGACUCCAAUACCUAUACUUUACUUGUGUAAGUGGUUAUAGGCAUUGAGAACAUUUGUCAAGACGAUCUAUGUUUUGGUCUAUUGUCAUCAUUAACUUUAAUGGCAUUUAAAAUACUAUGUAAGUAUAUGCAAUUAUAUAUACAUGUCAGAGUUGAAGCAAACAAUGCUAAACUUGUGCUCUGGGGGGCAUUCUUUUUUGUGUGGAUUUUCCUUUUUAAAGCAGAUGAUUUGGACUUACAUCUGUUUCUUAUGAAUGAACAGCAUACAUGGUACCUUUAAAACCUUGAGUUGGGGUUUGUGGGGAACUGGAUUUUGGCACUAUAAUUACAGAAAUGUUUCAUGAAUAUUGUUAAUGGGAAUCCACUGUCUGUUUUUGUUUUAAUUGAUUUUUUUUCAACCAGCAUUUUGUGAAGCUGCUCCUGAUAGGGAAAAAAAAAAUGGUUGGGGAAGAGAUCAGGCUAGGAGAAACUGUGUGUUAAGAAAAUUACUUUUUGAAUUCCUUCAUUUCUUUUCACUAACCUAUUAGAGGGAAAAUAGUUGGAUCAAAAUCACAAAUUAUUUUUAUAAUGACAGAAAUAGUCCCUCAGGGCAGAUAGGUUGGUAUUGAAGAGGGCACUUAAAUGGCCCAAUGUGUGUUACCAAAUAAAUGUCUAUAUCAUCUUGAACUUUAUGUCCAUAGGUUAAAGACUGAAAAAAGUCACUGAGGUGAGCACACAUAAAGUGAAUCUCUUAAUAGCUAUGUCUUUAGAAGUCAGGAUUUCAUCUUCCCAAGUUGUUGGUUUUAAAACUAUUCAGAAGCCUAUGAUUUGGAGAAGAAUUGUAAAAAUCAUUUUUGGUGAAUGAAAGGUGUUAUUAUUACUAGUUUUUAAUGUUUAAACCAAAGAUUUAAAGAAAGAAAAAUUUUAAAAAUACAAUUAAGUAAUGUCCUCGGGAACUUUCCAGAUUUGACUAGCCAGCUAUUAUAAAGUAUUUAUACUCUGUAUCUCCAGAAGGCAUUGAGGUUAUGUGGCAGUAGAACAAGUUCAUUAUUCUUUAGGCUUGAACUUUAUAGCAGUGUUCAGUUAGUUUUUACAAAUUCAGCCCAAGGGCCCAGAUAUUGGUGGAUGUGGCUUGACAAUAGAGAUAAAGUUUCAAGAGCCGUUCAUGAGCAUUCUGUAAAAAUGAUUAAAGGAACCCCUCCUUUUUGCCUGGGCCUUGGCUAUAGGUGAAGAUUAUUCCUUUCAUAUCUUAAAUUUUUUCCUCUUGAGCCUGAAGCUGAUUUGGCAACAGAGGUCCAACUAAAUUCACCUAGUGUGUGCAUAUUUCUGUGUGUAUGGGUUGGGGGUAUAGUGAAUGUCAAUUUCAUAGCUGAGAUAAGGACUUAUUUUGGGGAAUGAGACAGGUUCCUAAGGGGGCUUUCUUAAAGGUAGAUGAAAGAACUAUUGAUUCCAGGUAAUUGAGAGUAACAUGAACAUUUUUUCUUUCUGAAAUGUAUAAGAACAAGAAUAGAAACUUGCCUGUUCUAUCUGCCAGUUAUGAUGACUUUGCUGAACUCUUUAUGUGGUAAAAUUUCAUGGGGCAAAAAGUAUCAUUGGGAACAUUUGUCAAAACAAAAUAUAUUUUAAAAGUAAGAGAAUGAAGGUAUAGUAUGGUACAGUGGAAAGAACACUGACAUUUAGGAUUCAGGGAAUAUGAGUUUGAAUCCCAACUAAGCUCUUCUAGCUGCAUCUGUAAAAUGAAAGGGUUGGACCAGAUGACCUCUGGAAUUCAUUUCAAUUCUAAAUCUAUGACUCUGUGACCUUCUUUGUUAGAGGUCCUCAGAAUACAAACUGGCCAAUAGCCUUGAUCUAAAUGAAAUAGCUAUAAUUCAUCUUCACUCUUUCCUAGCAUAUCUCCCACAUCUGGGCAGUGAGAUACAUAAUAACUUUGCAUCAUAAACAUCUGCAGUUGAUAGGAAGUUACAACACAUUUGGAAAAAAUGGCAAGAUUUUAGUUUACCACUAAUGAAAAACAUACUAAUUAAAAAUAGAUCAAAGAUAGGAAAAAAACUCUAUAAAAAGAUACAAAGAAAAAAAAACCCAACACCCUAAAGUUUGCCUUGCUUUCUUAGCAGGUAGCUAUUUCUAUACCAAUUUUCUGUCACUACUUUAUGGCCAACAGAAUACACCUUUAGUCUUUUGUGUUAUAAUCCUUUCAUCUAACCUUGCUCAAUUGAUUCCAUUUGGUAGUAAAGUGAUAGUGUUUGUAGGCAGUAUUGGAAAUGUUUUGAAAUUUGUCAUAAAAUAGAGAAUAUUAAUUGUCAAUUAUAUUUUCUGUCAAACUGUAGCCAAGAAGUAUUGAAGAAGAAUGAAGUGUGUAAUCAGCUCUAACUAAUUUAAUAACAUUGUAGGGGUUCCUAAAGAAACCUUUGCCACAUUUCACUCUUUUCAUUAAGCCUUUAAUUUUUUCAAUUAGAAUGACAGAUGCAGUACUCUGAUGCAUUAAAAGAACUUUUUAUGAAAACCAGUACCUGAAAAGAAUGCUUACGUAGGAAAGGUAUUUUAAAGCAUGUUUAAUUUAUAAGUAUGACAUUUUAAAAUGUACCAGUUGAAAAGGCUUUUCUCCAUAUGUCACCAAAAUGUAUAGAGACUUUUGCUUCUUAAUAAUUGCCUGCAUUUUUCUGUGCUGCAUGAAUAUUUUUUGAUAAUCCUAAUUAUAAGAGGAGUCAACUAAGCAGCAAAUAAUAAUAUAAUAAAUUGCUUGGUGCACCUUGGAGAAAGAACUGAGAAACUGACUUUCUUAAAUAUUUCAAAUUCUGAUUCUAGGGAUAAGAUGUUUUAGCAUCUCUUUCCAUUUGCUUGAGUCCUUGGAAGAAUCUCAGUAAUCCUUGGACAGCCCAUAACAAAUUAAGUAAAAGAAUUUGAGAACAAAAUCACAUGUAGUAUAGUAUAAUGUUGACAUAAAUUUCUAUUUUUAUUUUUCCAGAAGGAAAACCUUGGGAGAGAUUAAAAAAGGCAGAUUAAAUCGAUGUAGUGCUCCCAUAGGUGACUUAAGAUGGUUUGGUUUGUGAAGCCACUGAGAUUUCUAUUCAUUUUCAAAGAAGGUAGUUCCAGCCUCUCUAGGUAAUUGCCACUGUAUUUUACAGCUGAACUUGACACUGGUUAUGCCUAUGUGGCACAAUCAAAUUGACUAAGGGUAUGAAAGGUUCAGAUUUUUUUAUUCAUAUGAAUACAAAAUUAAUAACUUGAUCAUUCAAUUAUUCAGAGCACUGAAAUAGCCGGGCCAAUUGCACUAGUGUCCAAGUUCUGUGUUAGUGUUAGAAUAUUUAUCCAAUUCAAUACUUACACCUGUGGGUCACCUCAAGUUCUUAAUGUUAUCAGUUGGAAUGAAUGAGAUUUCUAUGCAAUGAAGCAAGAUUUUCACUGAGAGUCCUAACACACAGUGUCUUUGAUUAGGUUCCUAGAAGGUUUUGAAUUGCUGUCAUGAGUUAUGUGCUCAAUAGUUACUGUACAAUACAGUAUAUUCAUUUUAUAAAAUGUUAUAUAAUAUAGGAUCAUCCUCUUUUCUGAUCAUUAGGUUAGAAGAUAAAUUAGCACAAAUAUAUAGAAAGAAGCUUUCAAAAGGUUUCUGUGAGGAUGGACAGAUCCAUCUCUAUUCUUUGGCUAAAGAGAGACCAUUAAAGGUUCUGAUGAGGUUAAAAGGGGAACCACUAAGCAGGUUGAUAGAAUUCUUCAAGUUCCAUACCUGUCUAAAUCCAUUAUGCUUCAUUGUGAGUAUUUAAAAAUUCCAAUCUCAAUGUGAAUGUCCAUCACCAUGAAAUAAGUACUAGUCUAAUAGUCCAAACCUGGAAGAAAUCAAGCAAUAAGACUGAUAAAAAUUAUGUGAUGAAGCUAAAAUAUAUUUAAUUUCUUCUCUUAUUUCUUUCCUUACACCAUUUUCUUUGUUUCAUGAGAAUUUGUAUUUGUGUGUGGAAGCAGUGGAGUGGGGGAGGGAGAUACUCAGAGACAUUAAAUGUCCCUGUGUAAACAUAAGAGUUCAGUGUAAUCAUCAAUCCACAUUACUUUAUGAUAUCACUUCAAUAAGCAUUUGUUAGGUGCCUACCUUGUGCAGGGCAUUGACUAUAAUCCAAUUAGGAAAAAAUACAGAUAGGCCAUAGUGAACAAAGCUUUCCAAUUCUGUCAAAAUCCAAAGUUAUUUCUACUCUAUGAGCUCACAUAUGAUAAUCUUAUUAAGUCAUACAGGCUAUAUUAAAGAUAGACACUUGUGACUUCUAAGCCUGAUGAUCUCAGGAAUAGGAAGAAGGAGAUCAAAGUUAGGGAACUAUCACUAGGUUAGACACCAAUGACAAGGUAUAUCUUGCUCACCAUGAAAAUUUGGGAUGGAAAACUGUCUAUGUCUAUGGCUGAAUCCAGUACUGUUCCAUGGCAAUAAAGUAGAUAAUUUAAAACUGGAGGUUUUUUUGCAUACAGGAUUUAUGCCAUUAAUGUUUCCUUUAGUUCAAUGUGAAAAUUUGUAACUCCUUCCUUUGUCACUUCUCAUGCCUCUGCUUCUCCUUGGGUAGUAGGAAGAGUGCAGAAGAUGAAAAAGUAAAGAAAAAAAAUACAUUUCAUGGCCUUGGAAGUGGAGAACCGAGAGAAGGAUAUGAGGCGUCAAUUAUGUUAGAGUCUAGCAAAAUGCUUUUUGGUUUCUUUUUUAAUUAUACUUUAUAACCCCAGUAUGCCCUAAUUCAACCAAAUGAUUUAAAGGUAAAAUGGAGCCAUAUCUGAUUCCUGCUCAGUCAUCAAGUCAUCUCAAUCUCAACUCCACAAUAUUGCAUGUUAUAACUUUUUUUAUUUAAUUCUAAGUACAUUAAGUGUAUGACAAAUAAUUAUGACUUCAGGCAGAGAAACGAACCAAAUAGACUCUCAGGAUGAAUUCCAGCUCCAAGAUUCUGUGAUUUCACCAGUUAUUCAGUUAUAUAAAAAAGAAGGGGGCAGAUUAUAAGCAAUAAUUUUAAUAUCGAUUUCUGGUGAAUUAAGCCAAAAAUGUUUACUUUGGAAAAAAUGAAGCAUCUGUAUAAGUAGAGGUUAUGCCCAUUCAUUAUGAAUACAUUGUAAGCCCUUGGGGAACAGAAAUUUUCUUCUCACAGUGUCAUAUAUAUAUAUAUAUAUAUGCAUAUAUAUAUUUGUGUGUGUUGUAUGUAUAUAUACACAUAUAUAUUUAUUGGUAUCUUAACAAAUGUUGGCUGAAUUGGUUAGGCUAGCACACAUCAUUUUCCCCUUAAUGCAAAUAUAUAUUUGGAUGUUCUAAUAAGAACCCUCUUUAUACUACUAAUAUGGUCUUAUUUGUAAGACACCUCAAUGCUUUAUUAUAUGAGAGCUUUUGAAAAGAAAUAUGGAUGUUCUUAUUAGGUACUUACGGUCUUAGCAUUUACAUGGACAUGGAUUUUAUAAUAAUAACUCAGAGACUGAAAAUGGAUAAAAACAUCAGUGCAAUUCAAAGAAAUAUAAUGGCCCUUUUAGUACAUGUAGGAAAACCCUUUCCUAUUGUUUUUUUUUUCCUUCUUUGGUUUUCCAUUGUAUAAUGAAGAAAACAGGAAAGCACUGCUGUCUAGAGGCUGUAAAUGUUUUAUAAUAGGCUGUACCUACUUCCUUCACUCUUCACUGUGAAAGAAAUGGUGCCUUCAACCAAGUAAUCCAACAGGGGUGGGGGGGAGAGAGAGAAGCACAGUGAGCACUCUUCCUUCUGGCACCAAGCCCAAAUUCUUGAAACAUGGAAAUUUUUUGGAGUUUAUUUCAAUCAGAAUUUGUCAAUUUAGAAAUAACAAAAGCACUCAAUUUCCACUUGAGAAUAAGGUUGUCAUUUUCACAUCAUAUUCCUGAUUUUUGUCAUCUCUCAAAAGGAUUUUUUUUGGUAACAAAUUAUAUAUAUAGGGCAUAACAUUCCGUUCUAGUUUCCCUAAUCUAAACUGCCAGGCAGGAAGGAUUUCCUUUACUUACUUCAGCAGAUUUUACCCCUUGAUUACUCUUUUCUAAAGAUUUUUCAUGCCAUUUUGAUUUAUUCUUAAAAGAAAGACACCAAACACCUCUACUCAUUUCUAUCUGGAAUCAUUAAUAAUGACAGUAACUAAGCCAAAAAAUCUUGGUGAAAAGAGAUGUUUUUUAAAAUCAAUAUUUGGGAUGUGUUUAUCCUACUAUCCAAGGGUCAUGUGCAGGAUUUAUUCUCCAUGUUAAAGGAAAAUCUAUGUAUAAAUACUUCACCAGUUGUGGUUUUAAAAAAUACUUGAAUCAUGUACAUUUAACCAGAGGUAACACCAAUUCAGUGAAGUCAUGUAUCAGCUUUGCUAACUUAAUAAUUAUCAGCUUUUAUUUUCUUGUAUAGCAAAUGUAAAGUUGGCCACACUUUCUGUUUUCAACAUGUACUAAUAAAAUUGGAAAUGAA